AUGGUGUACGCAAAACACGAGGCGACCGUGUCAGAAGCCAAAGGCCCGCAGAUAGAGUCUCACGGAACCGCACCCUACUUGAACGACGAUGGCUAUGUUGACUUCGCGCCCAACGACCCGGACAAUCCUCAGAACUGGCCUACGCCGCGCCGUUGGCUCAUCACCAGCGUCACCAUUCUACUUGUCUUGAACGCAACUUUCGCAUCCAGCGCCAUCAGCGGCGCCUUUGAAUCCGUUGUCGAAUCCUUCCACGUCUCACUCACUGCGGCUGGGCUUACCGUUACGCUCUUCCUGUUGGGGUAUUGCGCGGGUCCCCUGUUCUUCGCACCACUCAGCGAAUUCUACGGCCGGCGAUGGAUUUUCUACGCCACCUUUACGCUGUAUCUCCUCUUCAACUUUCUCUGCGCCUUUGCCCCCAAUUAUGGCAGCUUGCUGGUUGGCAGACUCUUCACAGGCACUCUCGUCUCGGCACCCCUGAGUAAUGCACCGGGUGUCCUUGCAGAUCUAUGGAAUCCCAUUGAGCGAGGAACAGCCAUGGCAGCCUUCGCAGCGACCCUCUGGGCAGGGUCCGCCCUGGGUCCCAUUGUUGGCGGCUUCCUUCAACUAGAAAAGGACUGGCAAUGGGUCUUCUACGUGCUCAUGAUUCUCGGCGGCGCAACUGGCCUGCUUAUGUUCCUGCUCCCCGAAACACACGCGCCCACGAUCCUACGUGCGAGGGCGCGACGCAUCCGAGAAGCCAAGAUCCCCGGUUACGAGGCCGCCAAGGCUCCGGCUGACGAUACCGAUCGAUCACUCUCUAGGAUUCUCAAGAUUGACCUGACUCGCCCUUGGAUCAUCCUGUUUGACCCGAUUUCUUUCUUCUGCGCUAUAUAUCUGUCGGUGGUGUAUACCUUGAUGUAUAUGCUAUUCGAAAUCUACCCCAUCAUCUUCCGGCUCAAGCGCGGAUGGAAGCCCGGUGUUAGUGAGCUACCGCUGCUGGGGACGAUUGUCGGAUGCAUCAUUGCCAGCGGCAUCAUCGUGAUCGAUACCAAGAAGCGUGGCAACAAAAUCAAACGAGGCGACGCCACGAUGGCCGACUUUGUGCCCGAAGAUCGACUUGGGCUUGCCAUGAUUGGCGGCAUUGGCUUCUCCGUAUCCAUGUUUUGGUUUGCCUGGACGGGCGAGUUCAAUUCAAUCCACUGGAUCGUGCCUACACUUUCCGGCACUUUGCUUUCCUUUUCACUGCUGCUGGUCUUUGUCAGCUUCCUCAACUACAUCGUCGACACCUAUCUCUUGUUCGCUGCCUCCGCCAUUGCUGCAAACACGAUUGUACGGUCGGCAUGCGGCGCCGCGGCGCCUCUUUUCACCGUCCAGAUGUUCAAGGCUCUAGGAGUUGGUGGAGGAGGAAGCCUCAUUGGAGGUGUGGCUGCUCUCCUGGCCAUCAUCCCGUUUCUAUUCAAGAAAUAUGGGAAACAGAUUCGCGAGCGCAGCAAGUUUGCCCCCACAAAGCCUCAAGCAGCCAACCAACAGUCCGAGUCCAUCAACAGAGGCGAGGUGGAAGAACUGGCGGUCAUGACAGCCUACGAGGCUUAUGCAAAAUCUAUGUACAGUCUCCAGGGGAUCCCGGGAGGGGAGUCCCAUGAGAACAGGUACAGCUAUAACAGCUUUAACUCUCCAACCGAAUGGCCGGUGAGCGCUUGA